UCAGGAAUCAUUAAAGCGGUGCAACGACAGUCCUUUGGCUACACAUGUGAACACUGCUGCAGGAUAUUUCAUAACAAACUGUCCGUUUGUGGCUUUUCAAAACGCUGCUUUCUGUAACAUUUUAAACAUCUGUUUGUAAACAUGAAGCUGCUCACGCACAACAUGUUGACGUCGCACGUGAAGGGGGUAACCAAGGGAUACCCGCUCCUCAUUAAGGCCACUGAAGUCAAGGUGAAUGAGGUGGAGUUCAACCCUAAGUUCGUCUGCCGGAUGAUCCCCAAACUGGAGUGGAGCGCUCUGGUCCAGGCCGCAGACCAGCUGGGUCAUCGAGACGACCUGCCACGUGAGCUGGUGCCAGACUUUGAGAAAAAUGAAGACUUCCUGAAGAAAGUACACAGAGUACUAUUGGAGGUGGAGGUGAUAGAGGGGUGUCUGAAGUGUCCUGAAUCGGGUCGAGAGUUCCCGAUAUCUAGAGGAAUCCCCAACAUGCUGCUGAACGAAGACGAGGCAUAGAUGGCUUUUUUCCCCCACAAUCUUCAACCCGACCUUUAACCCCGAUGGGACUGUUUUGUUAUUCAGGGAUCAGCCGGACCUUAGUCUGGGUCACCUCCAUGAGAGUAAAGGCCACAUCCUUUGGGUUGGUUGUAGUUACGACAUUUUAAGCAGCCCCUUUUCCCUGCACAUGGAAAAGAUUAAAAGAAUAAUGGAUGGAAACGUUCCCUGAGAGAAACCCCCAGUGGUUUGAUCUGUAUUUAUUUUUGUAACUGUUUCAGCUUUUUCUUUUCUCAAUAAAACUGCUUCCUGACA